AUGAGUGUUCAGAUUUGUAUUCUAAAGGUUCAUAUCAAUUGUAAAGGUUGUGAGAAGAAAAUAAACAAAGUGCUUUUGAAUACUCAGGGAGUGGAGAAAGUGAAGAUAGAUUUAGAGGAAGGGAAAGUAGAAGUAAAAGGUAACGUGGAAGCAAAGGAACUCCUAACAAAUCUAAAAAAGAAGGGAAAACAUGCUGAGAUAUGUAGCAUCAAGAAUCCAUUCAAGAAAACUGAGAAUGAAGAGGAAAAGAAAAGUAAAGGUUCUUUUUUAGGUUCACUUUUUAGCUUUGGGAAAAAGAGUAAGAAUGGAGCUGGAACUUGUAAGAAUUGUAAUUGUAACAACAAUUCCAAUUCCAUAGAUGACCAUGAUAAUAAUGGUAAUGACCAUGACAUUCCUAUUAUUAGUCAUCCUUAUGGUGAGGGUAGUAAUGGAAAUGAGGGCCAGAUGCAAAUUCAAGUGCAACCUUCUUUAUAUGAUCAACAACAAUACAUGGUUAAUAACAAUGGAUCCAUGCAAGAAAAUUCAAUGAUGAAUAAUGAAUAUCAUCAUUAUCAAGGGAUGCAAAUGCAAUUGCUGCAACCUUUUUUAUAUGAUCAACAACAAUACAGGGCUAUGAUGAAUCAACAACAAGAAGGAAAUAUGAACAUGUAUGGUGGAACACAUACAUCUAUGAAUUACAUGGCUAAUCCUACAUACAAUGAAAACGGUGGGGGAUAUUGGCUCAUGUGA